AUGUUUGUGCCAACCCACUUCCUGCUGCUGCUGCUGCUGCUCCAAGGGGCCCCCAGGAUGAGUCUGUCCCAUAAGUUCUCCAAAGCCGAGUCCAUCUUCUGCUGUAUCAACAUGGCCCUGUCUGAGGCCAAGAAGAACCAGCUGGAGGAUAUAGCCCUGCUGAGCAAGAGAGGCUUCCCCUACCUACCCAGCCAGAACCCAUCCUCAGAUGAGGACAAAGAAAAGGAUGAGGAGGGAGAAGACAAGAAGAAAAGGGCCUUCUCUGCUCCCAGGGGCAGUGGUGGAGCUGGGAGCUCUCGGUACAAGUACUUAUCCCAAGCACAGCUCAAAGGGAAGCUGUACCAGAACAAGGCCAAGAAUGACCGGCGCACCAAGUUCACUCUAUCCCUUGAUGUCCCCACUAAUGUCAUGAAUGUCCUCUUAAACAUUGCCAAGGCCAAGAACUUGAGAGCCAAGGCAGCUGCCAAUGCCCAUCUGAUGGCACAGAUUGGACGAAAGAAGUAGAAUUGAGGACAGCAAGGCAGCCCAUUAAGGACAAGGAUGGAGGUCAGGUGGAGGGUAAGAGGUUGCCCACCCAACUGGUUUUUAUUUUGUGGGCAGUCCAGUUUUACAGGCUGCCUCACUGCUCAACCCCUCUUAUCCUUUCCUAGCUCCAGCCCAGCUUUCUCUAUACAAUACACAGGCAUGCAGAAUUGUCCCAACUUCACAGAUACGAAGCUAUUAAGGCUUCUCCCUAUGUUCUGUGUCACUUUUUCUCUUUCCCCACACUUCUCCCUGAAGAUCCCAGGCCUGAAAAGAGGACACUUAAGGCUCCUCUCUUCACACAGCAAUCCCAGCCAAGGCUGGAAGAUUAAGAGACACACUGAUUACCAUCCUGCCACUAGAU